AUGUGCAUGGCUACAUUUGCAUCUGAGUAUCGUGUUCUCUCCAAGAACGAGAAGUCUAAUGACAUGAUUGAACUGAAAAGUGGUUUAGGCUUCAUCUUGAGGAGAACACGCUCUCAGUUUGCAGUUGUACGUUAUAUGCGUUUUGAUUUGGAGAAACGAGAGGAGGACCAUUUUCAGAGUCUGAUGCAAUUGUUCCUUCCCUAUAGAGCUGACUCAGACCUAAAACCUGAAGGCUUUGAAAUGUUUAGUCAGUUCUAUAAAGGUGGCGAGGUGACAUUUAGUGAUGGUUCUGUGCAUUCGGUUAAGACCGUGGUUGACGAGAACAGGGCAAAGUUUGAAGUAGAUUGUCCUGAUUUGGAGAGAGCUCAGGAAAUUGUCGAGCAAAACGGAGUUGAUGAAGACGUUUGGGGGGAGCUGUGUCCUGAACAGGAAGUGGAACGCCUUGAAUGUAUAGAGGAAAUGAGACAGCAACAGGAAGGUGAGAAAAGCGAUGAACAGUUAAUGGAAGCAAUGGAAAAUGUUCCAGACUUGGCCGUUGAUAACAAAAAAUUAGCACAUUUAGAGAGACCCAGGAAAAUUAUGCCUAGAAGUGAGGGGUUAGCUUUGGUUAGGUCUCUGAAUGAGACACAGAUGGCUGUUUUUUAUAAGGUCAGACAGUGGUGUUUGCAGAAGGUGAUGGGUAGAAACCCAGAGCCUAUGCAUGUCUUUGUGACAGGUGGCGCAGGGACGGGGAAAAGUCAUUUAAUUAGAGCUAUUCAGUACGAGGCAGGGAGGCUGUUGUCAACACUUUGUCAUCAACCAGACGAUAUUUGUGUUUUGUUAACUGCUUCAACAGGCAUAGCUGCAUACUCUUUAAACGCAGCUACAAUUCAUCACACACUCAGUAUUGGCACACACUCUAGUUUACCUUAUACCCCUUUGGGUGAAGAUAAACUAAACUCUCUAAGAGCAAAAUUUAGUCAACUCCAAAUUUUAAUCAUUGAUGAAAUCAGUAUGGUUGAUCACAAUCUGUUGACCUAUGUUCAUGGCAGGUUGAGGCAGCUUAAGCACACUGGUGACUUUUCCCCAUUUGGUAAUGUUAGUGUGAUAGCUGUUGGUGAUUUUAUCAGUUGCCUCCUGUUAAAGGGAAGCCCCUGCAUAACAGUCAGGUUGGUGUGA